GCACUUCAAGUUUAAUACUGUUAUAACUUGUGAUUACAUUGACUGCUAUAAAGAGUCUAAACAAUUAUAACUUAGAAAUUGUUAUUUAAUAUAGAUUUUGUAAAAAAAAGUUUUAUUACAAAAUUGAUUAAUAAUUGACAAAAUGUCAAAAGUUCCGGCAAUUGGUAUAGACUUAGGAACGACCUAUUCAUGUGUCGGUGUGUUUCAAAACGGAAAGGUCGAGAUCAUAGCCAACGAUCAGGGAAACCGUACGACACCGUCAUAUGUGGCCUUCACGGAUACCGAGAGACUGAUCGGCGACGCGGCCAAGAAUCAGGUGGCGAUGAAUCCCACGAAUACCGUGUUUGACGCCAAACGACUUAUUGGUCGCCGAUUUGAUGACUCGGCAGUUCAGUCAGAUAUGAAGCACUGGUCCUUUGAAGUGAUUCAAGAGUGCGGCAAACCUAAGAUUAAAGUGGAAUACAAGGGAGAGAUUAAGACAUUCUCUCCCGAAGAGAUUUCAUCGAUGGUUUUGGUGAAAAUGAAAGAGGUCGCUGAGGCAUACCUGGGAUCUCAAGUCACUAACGCUGUGAUUACAGUUCCCGCGUAUUUCAAUGAUAGUCAACGUCAGGCCACUAAAGAUGCGGGAACUAUAUCUGGUCUGAAUGUGUUGCGAAUCAUCAAUGAGCCGACGGCUGCUGCUAUUGCUUAUGGUUUGGAUAAAAAAGGAAAGGGAGAGAGAAAUGUCCUCAUCUUUGAUUUGGGUGGCGGCACUUUUGAUGUUUCCAUUCUUACCAUUGAUGAUGGUAUCUUUGAAGUUAAGGCUACCGCUGGUGACACCCAUUUGGGAGGAGAAGACUUUGAUAACCGAAUGGUUAAUCAUUUCGUACAGGAAUUCAAGAGAAAACAUAAUAAGGAUUUGUCUUUCAAUAAGAGAGCUCUAAGAAGAUUGAGAACAUCCUGUGAAAGAGCGAAGAGAACUCUUUCGUCAUCAACUCAGGCGUCCAUUGAAAUCGAUUCACUUUUCGAAGGAAUUGAUUUUUAUUCGAUGAUAACGAGAGCGCGAUUUGAAGAGUUAAACGCAGAACUGUUUAGAGGAACAUUAGAUCCCGUGGAGAAGGCUCUUCGAGACGCAAAAAUGGAUAAAUCGAAGAUUCAUGAGAUUGUUUUAGUCGGUGGAUCAACAAGAAUACCAAAGAUUCAGAAACUACUUCAGGAUUACUUUAAUGGUAAAGAAUUAAACAAAAGUAUUAAUCCCGACGAAGCCGUGGCCUACGGAGCAGCUGUUCAGUCGGCUAUACUUAGUGGCGAUAAGAGUGAAGUUAUUCAAGACUUGCUAUUACUCGAUGUAACGCCACUGUCAUUAGGUCUUGAAACGGCCGGUGGUGUUAUGACAACACUAAUUAAACGCAACACAACAGUCCCAACCAGACAAACACAGACAUUCACGACUUACGCCGACAAUCAGCCGGGAGUUUCCAUUCAAGUCUAUGAAGGCGAACGCGCGAUGACUAAAGACAACAACCUUUUGGGUAAAUUUGAAUUGACAGGCAUUCCUCCCGCACCAAGAGGUGUACCACAAAUUGAUGUCACUUUUGAUAUCGAUGCCAACGGUAUACUCAAUGUUUCAGCUGUUGACAAGAGUACCGGAAAGAAAAAUAAGAUAACAAUUAAUAACGAUAGGGGAAGACUUUCUAAAGAAGAUAUCGAAAAAAUGGUUAAAGAGGCCGAAACUUAUAGGGAUGAAGACAACAAACAAAAAGACAAAAUUCAAGCAAAGAAUAGUCUUGAAGCGUAUGCUUAUAAUAUUAAACAAACGAUUGAAGACAAAAAACUUAAAGACAAAAUUGGAGAAUCAGACAGAAAUAAAGUGUUGGACAAAGUAAAUGAAACUAUUAAAUGGUUGGACACAAACCAAUUGGCAGAAAAAGAGGAGUUCCAACACAAACAAAAAGAACUGGAAUCUCUUUGUAAUCCAAUUAUGACUAAAUUAUACAAUGAGAGCACAUGUGGUAAUAGUGCUGCUUCUGGAAUGGCUUCGGGAUCUCCAAACGGACCGACAAUUGAAGAAAUGGACUAAAUAUAUAUCAAAUCAUUUAUUACUUAUUUAAAUAUUUUCUUAUUUAGUUAUCAGUAAUUAUUAUUUAUUUUCUUUGUAU